GAUUGUUUGCGUCUAUCGCACAUUCUCUUUCUAUUUCUAAUGUGUCUCUGCUUUACAACAGGGGUGCAGAUGGUACGGUUCCCUCAAAUGGCCCACUCUCACUAUACUUUAAUUGCCUUUUCGCUGGUUGCAGUGCUUAGUCCGACAACGUGCUCUUAUCAGUCCUGGCUUAAAUUGACCAAGAGAGUAGAAGGCGAAGCUAUUUGGAGUCCCUUGCAGAAUUUAUUCGAACUUUCCUCCGAGGCUAGGUUUCGGGAAAACCUCAAUGCCAGCUACCAUGAAAUUAAAGCCACUCUUCCGCAACCCUUUCACGACAUCCUCGAUAUUCCACCGGAAGAGCGCCAUCUACCGGACGGAAUGACCAUCUAUGAUAUCUUGGAGAUGCCAGCGAUGACUGAAGAGAACAUGAGACGGAUUGCGUUCUCACGUGAAUUGCCAACUCAUGUUCCAAACAUCAGCGAAGAGAGCAUCAUCAGAGUAACCGAGGAGCAGCGGUUUCUGAAGAUCAUUAAGAGACAAGACAGCGAUUACGUCAGAGCAUGUGCAGCCAGUAGCGGUUGGGUCCAAGUAAGCGAUGGUAUCACGGUUGACAAUCAAUUCGUCGAAGUCAGUAGUGGACAGUUCUUUUUUCAAACGACUUGUUUGGAUAGCGGCGGCGCUUGUUACGGAUAUCCUACGCCCUCUACCGCUACGGAAGACCGUCUUUCCAAGUGCACCACACUGAAGUCGUGGGUAAUAGCCUGGGCCAAGGUCAGAGGCGAAACGAAGUUUGGAUGGACUCAUAUCGCCCUUGCAACUUGCUGCGCAUGCGCCGUCAAAGGCAGGCCUGGGGAUGGUAUGGUGCGAACGUCUGGAGGGGUGUAGUUUAAGUUGUAAAUGCUUUUUUUUUCCAAUAGGGUUAAGACGUUAAUAAGGUAGUACGUGUCAGUAUGACAUGAUUCCGUCGAUCAAUCUCCAGAAACACUUUUGUUGUACCAUUGUUUUCUCUUUAAUAUGUCUAAUCGGUUUUUAAAGGAAAAAAAUACAAUAGGAAUUUCUAUUACAAAAACAUAUAUAGUCAUAUUCCAAAAGCAAAUUCUUGCUUAUGACAAGCAAUGGUCCAUAUAUUUCAUCCCUAAGUUUAUCGACAUUUAUUUGAUUUCCAUUAAAAUAUGAUAAUACAAAGUAAUGUAAAUCAGAUGCAAUUUGAAGGAUCAACAUUUUAUAGUAAAGCGUGG